AUGUCCAACAAACCUCUCGCCGGCAAAGUCGCCCUAAUCACAGGUGCAAGCCGCGGUAUAGGAGCAGCCAUCUCCCUCAAGUUCGCACACCAAGGCGCCGACAUAGCCCUGAACUACAAGAGCAAUGCCACCGCCGCCGAACAAGUCGCAACGCAGAUCCGCCAACUAGGCGUCCGCGCCAUAACCCUGCAAGCGGACGUCUCACAGGAACAACAAGUCGAAACGAUGUUCCAAACGGCGCAGGAAUCACUCGGACGCCUCGAUAUCGUCGUGAGUAACUCUGGCAUUGAGCAUUUCGCCGCUAUCCCCGAUGUCAAGAGCGAGGAUAUCGAUGCCGUGUUUGCGGUGAAUGUCAAGGGGCAGUUCUUUGUUGCGCAGCAGGCGUAUAAGUAUAUGGAGGAUUUCGGGAGGGUUAUGCUUACUUCGUCGAUUUCGGCUGUGAAGGGCGUCCCUCGACAUGCUAUCUACGCUGCCUCCAAGGCUGCCGUGCAGGGCAUGACAAAGUGUCUGGCGGUGGACUUUGGCCCGCGCAAUAUCACUGUCAAUUGUAUUGCUGCUGGCGGUGUCAAGACUGAUAUGUACACCGAGAUGUCGGCGAAGUAUAUUCCCGGCGGAGACCAAAUGUCUCCUCAGCAGAUUGAGGAGUUGUUGAGCAAGUGGUCGCCUUUGGGUCGGGUUGGAGAGGUGGAGGAUGUUGCUGGGGUGGCUGCUUUGAUUGCUAGUCCUGAUUCGCAGUGGUUGACUGGUCAGACUUGGCAGGUUUCAGGUGGUUCUUAUAUGGUUUAG